UUUUCCGCGACUUUUCUUUCCCAAAAUUCAUUUCUUCCCAAUAUGGCAAUUUAACUAAAAGAAAGAAAGAAAGAAACAGAAGAAGAAAUCUCCAAAUCGGAAAUGGAAGACGGCGGCGGCGGCAGCAUACUAGAAUCAAUCGGCUCGGAAAUAAUCGGAGUAAUGUCUCCAGUGUCAAUCUGCAUGUUCUUAGUAGUUCUGCUAGUCUACUCCCUCACCAACACCUCCGCCUCCUCCGCCGUCCGUACGGCCGCCAAUCUCGUCUACCUCGAGUCCCCCACCGAUACCCCUGCUGAGAAACUCGAAGGUGCACUCUUGAACGCUCUCGUUUUUGUGAUCCUCAUUGCCUUUGUCACUUUCGUCUUAGUCCUUCUCUACUACUACCGUUGCACAAGUUUUCUCAAGCACUAUACUCGCUUCUCCGCCUUCUUUGUCCUCUCCUUUAUGGGUGGGCCUAUAUUUCUCACUAUCAUUCAACAUUUCAACAUCCCAGUCGAUUCAGUAACUUGCUUUAUACUACUUUUCAAUUUCUCAAUUCUUGGGGUUUUGUCGGUUUUUUCAAAUGGGGUCCCGAUCUUAAUUAGGCAGUCUUACAUGGUUGCUUUGGGAAUUGUUGUGGCUGCUUGGUUUACGAGAUUGCCCGAGUGGACUACUUGGGUUUUACUGGUGGCACUGGCAUUGUAUGACUUGGUUGCAGUUUUGGCGCCCGGUGGGCCUUUGAAAAUUUUGGUUGAAUUGGCGUCUAGACGGCAGGAGGAGCUCCCAGCUUUGGUUUAUGAGGCUAGGCCUACAACUAAUGCUAACAUUUCGGGGUCUCGAGGAGGAUCUACUUUGGCUGGCCUUCUUGUUGCUGGGAUGUCGCAGAAUGAUGGUAGUGAUCAUGGAGUUGAGCUUCAGGCUGUGUCAGCAUCACCAAGAACGAAUAUUGGGAAUUAUGAGAAUGAGAUUGCGAGUGAGAGUGGGCAUAUGGUUAUAAAUAUGGACAAUGAUGAUGAGGAGGAGGUUGAAGUUGUGAGAGAAGAUCAAGAGGAGACUUCGCCCUUGAUGGCUGGUAAUUCAAGGGAAAGGUCGAGAUCUCCAAUGAUGUAUGAGAGUACUGAUAACAGUAGUAGGCGAUUGAAUGAAGUAGCAGUUGCAGAAAUGAUGAGACCGCGUAGGGAAAGAGAUGGUGAUGAGAUGAUUGAGGUAAUGAAUGGUAGGGGAAUUAAGCUUGGGUUAGGGGACUUUGUGUUCUACAGUGUAUUGGUAGGAAGGGCAGCCAUGUAUGAUCUGAUGACAGUUUAUGCUUGUUAUCUCGCUAUUAUAUCAGGACUUGGCUGCACAUUGAUAUUGUUGGCUGUUUGUCGUCAUGCUUUGCCAGCGCUUCCAAUUUCGAUUGCUUUGGGGGUCAUAUUUUACUUUUUGACGCGGUUGUUAAUGGAGCCCUUUGUAGUUGGGACUUCAUCAAAUCUGAUGAUGUUCUGAUGUACUUGGGUUUUGGAUAUGACAGCUGUAAGGAUUGAGGAACUCUGUAGUAAUCUAGGACAUCAUUUCUUAAGUUUACUUUCUGAACAUAUAUGGAUUUGAACUUCAGUAACUUCAUCACGUCAAGCUUUGACUGGACGGAAGAUAUGCAUUGCUGCAGCGUGGUAGUCAUGUCCCAAAUUGUAAAUUGACUAAUUUACAGGUUUGAUCUGUAAUCUAAGCUGAUCUAAACUAGUUUCUGCUGCUGAAAUAUAGUUCAUGAUUCUGUUAUUUCGGCAUAUAAGGACUCAGUAUAGCAUAAUAUGCAAGAAAGAGCACUUUUCUAUA